AUGCUGGCGACUCUGUCGCUGGCGAGCCCCGUCAAGAACCUCCGGGCCGAGCCGACUGAUCUGCCGCGUCUGAUUGUUUACUUCCAGACGACUCACGAUCAAAACAACAACCCCAUCUCGAUGCUGCCGCUCAUCAACGAGAAGGGCAUUGCGCUGACGCAUCUGAUUGUGUGCUCAUUCCACAUCAACCAAGGCGGCGUCGUGCACCUCAACGACUUCCCGCCUGAUGAUCCUCACUUCUACACGCUGUGGAAUGAGACCAUCACGAUGAAGCAGGCUGGCGUCAAGGUCAUGGGCAUGGUGGGUGGAGCUGCGCCUGGAUCCUUCAACUCGGCGACGCUGGAUUCUACAAACUCAACCACCUUUGAGCACUACUACGGCCAGCUGCGUGAUACUAUCACCAACUUCCAGCUCGAGGGCAUGGAUCUCGACGUCGAGCAGCCCAUGAGCCAGGCCGGUAUCACGCGGCUCGUUGCCCGUCUCAGGGCGGACUUUGGCCCGGACUUUCUCAUCACACUGGCGCCUGUUGCGUCGGCGUUGGAGAACAGCUCUAACCUCUCCGGCUUCAACUACAACACGCUGAGGACUGCGCAGGGCUCCAACAUUGCCUGGUACAACACACAGUUCUACAGUGGUUUCGGCAGCAUGCAGUCGACAUCUGACUACGAUCGCAUCGUGGCCAACGGUUACACGCCGGACACGGUUGUUGCUGGACAACUUACAACUCCCGAGGGGGCGGGCUGGAUUCCUACGAGCAACCUUAACACCACCAUCAUCUCGCUGGUCAACAAGUACGGCCAGAUUGGCGGUGUCAUGGGUUGGGAAUACUUCAACAGCCUGCCGGGCGGCACUUCGGAGCCGUGGGAGUGGGCACAGAUUGUGACGGAGAUUCUGCGUCCUAACUUGGUGCCCGAUCUGAGGAUUACACAGGAGGAUGCUGACCGUCUGCAGAGCGCGUAUGCGGCCAGCGUGAAGGCGACGGGUAAGGACAAGAGCUUUGUCAAGAAGCCGUCGGUGGAUUACAACGCCAUGGUGAAUGCUUAG